CUUUAAUUCAUGGGCAACACCAGAUGCCCAGUGGUUUUUCCAGUUUCUCCACAUGGUUACUUCGGCUCUUCUUCCCCGUUGGAGCCCUCUGCUGAUCCUCAGCCCUCACUUGUCUCGCCGUAAUCUCCUUCCCAGCGGCAAAUACUCAACUGCCCUCCUCGGAAGAACCUCAGGGAGACUCCUCCAUAUCUCGUCCCCAGUUGCCCCCGCCAGAGGAGGUCGUCAAGUUAGGGCACGCAAUUCGAAUCGUCUCCCUGGAAGCUGCAGCUUCUGCUGCGGGGUUGAAGCGUCGGUUGCGGUGGCCAGUGACGACAACUACGGAAGUAAACAAGUCAUUAGCGUUACACCGCGGCUGUACGAUUAUUUAUUGACCAACGUCAGAGAGCCGGAGAUUCUACGGGAGCUCAGAGAGGAGACUGCCACCAUGCGAGGUAGUCAGAUGCAGGUAUCCCCUGAUCAAGCACAAUUACUUGCAAUGCUUGUCCAGAUUCUUGGGGCAGAAAAGUGCAUCGAAGUUGGUGUUUAUACUGGCUACUCAUCAUUGGCCAUUGCUUUAGUCCUACCUGAAUCAGGCCGUUUAGUUGCUUGUGAAAGAGAUGCAGUAUGUCUGGAGGUUGCGAAACGUUAUUAUGACCGAGCUGGUGUUUCGCACAAGGUAGAUGUGAAACAUGGUCUAGCAGCUGAUGUUUUAAGAUCUAUGAUUCAAUUGGGGGAAACUUGCAGUUAUGACUUUGCAUUUGUUGAUGCUGAGAAGAGAAUGUAUCAAGAAUACUUUGAAUUGCUGCUACAGCUGGUCAGAGUUGGGGGUCUUAUUGUGAUGGACAAUGUCCUGUGGCAUGGAAAAGUUGCCAAUCCAUUGGUAAUGGACUCAAAGACACUCAGUAUUAGAAAUUUCAACAGAAGCGUGAUGGAGGACAAACGUGUAAGCAUCAGCAUGGUACCCAUUGGCGAUGGCAUGACUAUUUGUCGUAAAUUGUGAUUGGGAUGGAAGACAGAUGGCAUAGCUUGAUCAAAUGUCUAUCUAAGAUCUGAGUUUUAGGUUUCACUAGUAUCAAGAGUUGCAUUUUCCCAGGGAGCAAUUAUUUGGAAGGAUUCAUUUUCCAGAAGUGUACAAUCUCAAUUUUUGUGUGCUCCAAACAGAUUAGAGGUUUGUUUUCCUGGCAUGAUGUUUGCAGAUCUAGCCGACAUAUCACAUUGUCCUGUGGGAGGUAUGGUUUAAGGUUUGAGGUCAGUAUUUGAUGUCUAGAUUGUUGUGCAGUACUUUUGAAGCUUGAUCGAAUUUUCAUGUUGAUAUCCACAGGUGUGGAACUUGACACCAAUUGAUUGAAUUACCAAACCAAGAGAAGGAAUUCUCAUCUUCCAUUUUCUCUUGCUGCAAAAACGGAAGCCCAGUUAGGAUGAUAGUACCAGGAUGACAAUGGAAAACUGGAUCAUAUGUUUAGGUACCCAUUAGUAUUUGCAGUUUCUUAUGGGUGUCACAUAUAAUCGAGUCCAUUAAUACCUACCUUUUAAAAGGAAGGGGAUUAUUAGAGUGCGGAUACAAAUGGCCAUCUGCUCUGUUAUGCACUGUUGGGAUUCUCCCCAUAAACAGUUUGAGCUUUCACAUCUGCAAAUUUGCAGGUAGAUGUAUCGUAGUGGAUGUACCUUUUUAACGAGAAUUUGCAGCACAUAUACACUGUUGUUUAUGGGGUUUUGUUGUAUGUGUGCAAAGAUGUUACAAUCACUUGCUAGUUGCUACCAAUGAUGUCAAUGUGAGGUUUUAUGGAUUUUUAGGC